AUGAAGGAGGAUCAAGUUGUGCUGGAAGAAUCGGGAUUCCAAGAUGAGGAGGAAUCUUUGUUUCAAGACAUUGACCUGUUACAGAAACAUGGAAUUAACAUGGCUGAUAUUAAGAAACUGAAGUCUGUAGGAAUCUGUACCAUUAAAGGGAUACAAAUGACAACAAGAAGAGCCCUCUGCAACGUCAAAGGCCUCUCAGAAGCCAAAGUGGAAAAGAUUAAAGAGGCAGCCAACAAACUUAUUGAACCAGGAUUCCUAACUGCUUCUCAGUACAGCGAAAGGCGGAAGAUGGUUUUCCAUAUCACUACUGGGAGUCAGGAGUUUGAUAAAUUACUAGGAGGUGGCAUUGAAAGUAUGGCAAUUACAGAAACUUUUGGAGAAUUUCGUACUGGAAAAACUCAGCUGUCUCAUACCCUCUGUGUGACAGCUCAACUUCCAGGAGCAGGCGGCUAUUCAGGAGGAAAGAUUAUCUUCAUUGAUACAGAAAAUACUUUCCGUCCAGAUCGCCUUCGGGACAUUGCUGAUCGCUUCAACGUAGACCAUGAUGCAGUACUGGACAAUGUGCUCUAUGCACGUGCCUAUACGAGUGAACAUCAGAUGGAGCUACUUGAUUAUGUAGCAGCCAAGUUUCACGAAGAAGCUGGCAUUUUCAAACUAUUGAUCAUUGACUCAAUAAUGGCACUUUUUCGAGUGGAUUUCAGUGGCCGUGGGGAAUUGGCUGAACGCCAGCAAAAAUUGGCCCAGAUGUUGUCGCGACUCCAAAAAAUCUCAGAAGAAUAUAAUGUUGCUGUUUUUGUGACCAAUCAAAUGACUGCAGAUCCUGGAGCAACUAUGACCUUUCAGGCUGAUCCCAAAAAACCCAUUGGUGGACACAUUCUGGCUCACGCUUCAACAACAAGAAUCAGCUUGCGAAAGGGAAGAGGAGAACUGAGGAUUGCCAAGAUUUAUGACAGCCCUGAGAUGCCUGAAAAUGAAGCCACCUUCGCAAUAACCGCUGGAGGCAUCGGGGAUGCCAAGGAGUAG